AUGACCACCACCACCACUGCUGCUGCUACUACUACUACUGCUGCUGCUGCUGCUGGUGGUCCCGCCCUUGUCGUCCCUGGCGCCGCGGCUCCUCCCGGCGCCAUCUCAAACGCCAUGCAGGAGUUCCUGCGCAAGAACCCUGGUCUCGCUCACGAGGGCACCACGCGCGACGCGGCUGCCAGGGAGCACUUUGGUCGCGCCGUAUACGAGUUCUACGACCAGAACUCGGAGUGGGUUAUUACCCGCCGGGCCAUGGCCCCUGCUGCUCGUCCUGGUGGCAUGCCCGUCCGAAUCCCAGGUGGACCCCAGCGCAGACGUCUCUGCACCUUCUGCCAGAGACAGGUAAACGACUUCAGCCGUCACAACCUGGAGAACCACACCAGGGACCCCGUCAAGAAGAAGUACUGCCCCUACUGGGGCUGCGACUGGACGGGCCUCCGCGACGGCACCAUCCCCAUCGACGAGCACCUCGCGUGCCGGCACUUCGACUUCCGCAACACAGCGGGCCGGGGCGGUGCGCUCGGCGACACGUCGGCGCGCCCGCCCGUCCUCCGACACCUCAACAUGGCCGCGCUGGCCGAGGUCGCCCGCCGGGGCCAUGCCACCGCCGCAGGCCUGAUGAGCGAGCGCGCCCGCCUGCUGGGUCUCCUGCGCGCCCGGGGUACGUUCUGCCCGGCCCUGGAGCAUAACGUCUUCAACCAGACGCUGCUGCCGCCUCACGCCGACGCCGACGUCGACCUGAUGAAGAAGGACGAGCGCAUCGAGUACGUCGUCGCGCUGCGGACCGAGGUGGCUGCCUGGAGGAGCCGCAUCCACGACGCCAACCUGAUGCUGGCCCAGUGA